AUCGGUGUUGUUGCAGCUCUAGUUCCACGUCAAGCGCCGGAAAAAAACACGACUUGCAUUUAUUUAAUUUAUUUGGCGACUGGACUAACGAAUUGUAGCAACAUGGUGAGCCUGCUGCAGGAAAUCGACACCGAGCAUGAGGACAUGGUCCACCACGCUGCCCUGGACUUCUACGGCCUGCUGCUGGCCACCUGCUCCUCGGACGGCAGCGUCCGAAUCUUCCACUCGCGCAAGAACAACAAGGCGCUGGCGGAGCUCAAAGGCCACCAGGGACCAGUGUGGCAGGUGGCAUGGGCCCAUCCAAAGUUCGGGAACAUCCUGGCCUCAUGCUCCUACGACCGCAAGGUGAUCGUCUGGAAGUCUACAACGCCCCGCGAUUGGACCAAGCUCUACGAAUACAGCAACCACGACUCCUCUGUAAACUCGGUGGAUUUUGGCCCAUCUGAAUACGGCUUGGUGCUGGCCUGCGCCAGUUCGGAUGGUUCCAUUUCGGUGCUCACCUGCAACACAGAUUAUGGUGUGUGGGACGCCAAGAAGAUUCCGAAUGCUCAUACCAUUGGGGUGAAUGCGAUUUCGUGGUGCCCAGCCCAGGCUCCGGAUCCGGCCUUUGAUCAGCGCGUUACCUCGCGUUCGACGGCCGUGAAGCGUCUGGUAAGCGGUGGAUGCGAUAACCUGGUGAAGAUCUGGCGCGAAGAGAACGAUCGCUGGGUGGAGGAGCAGCGCCUGGAGGCCCAUUCCGAUUGGGUGCGUGAUGUGGCCUGGGCGCCAUCAAUUGGCCUGCAUCGGUCGCAGAUCGCUACAGCCUCCCAGGAUCGCCACGUGAUCGUGUGGAGCAGCAAUGCAGAUCUGACACAGUGGACUUCCAGUGUGCUGCACACAUUCGAGGAUGCUGUGUGGAGCGUCUCCUGGUCCACCACCGGCAACAUUUUGGCCGUCACUGGGGGCGAUAACAAUGUCACGCUGUGGAAGGAGAACACUGAGGGCCAAUGGAUACGCAUCAACUACGAGUCUGGCACUGCCAUCCAGUCUAAGCAGCCACCGCACCAUCCCCAUUCCCACACCCAGCAGCAAACACAGUCACAACAGGCACAGUCGCAUCAGCAGCAAGCGCCUUCACAUCCGGGUCCCUCUUCGGAUUCGGAACAUAGUUCGAACCUCUCCAACUCACAGCUCUCAAACUGAGAGAGUAUGUAUUUCAAGCGCAAGUCGUGGUCAAAUGUUAUCUUACAAAAUACCUAUAAAAUAUACAAUCUAAUGUUCGCCCUAUA